CCACCCUUGCGGUACACUACCUAGGACUCGGAGUCUCAGUGAGACACUGAGCCAACAUGUCUCUUUUUGCGGGACAAGACAGUCGCUUGUUCUGCAGGAAUCCCCCUUCCCACCUAAUCAGGGUGGUGUCAACUGACCCUGUCACCCAAAUUAGUCCAACCGUAAUUCUGAAUCGGUACAUGGGCUGUCAUGUCCUGUUUCCUCUUCCAGGACCUUCAAUCUCACACACACACACACCUACUUCUUGCUAGCCUUACCUACCCCAUGCGCAGCCACCGCCGCCGCAAACCCAUGUCUUCUCACAAGCAGUCGACGUUCCACUUGCCGUGCUACAUCCUGUCCACCGUACUGUGUGUGCAGUGCGCCCCAAGCCAGGCAGAAAAAUAUGGUCCCAUCAUGGAGGUGUAUAAGACACCCCGGUUGUCUGCCUUGUCAUCCACACCCGUUGUUCUGUGCUUCCACAGCCUGCUUCACAUCUCGGCAUCACCAUUCCCAAGUAUAUACCGAAUACUUGGUCCCAACUCCCAAUACCAGUCACCGUCCGCCCAUCCCUAUAUCUGGCUCGCACCCCCAUCCUUUCAUAAGGCAAAGCCCCUUGACUGCGUCUAACAACCCAAUCGGACCCCCGGCGCAAUCUUACUCGGCACCUCUCCCCGCCUAGUUCUCGCUCCUCUCCAACAACAAGGUCCAUCGCAGGUC